GACGUGUUGUCUUAGAGAGGAAACCCACUACACCUUUUUCCAUUAGUAGCAAGGGAUAUGAAUGAAUGGAUGAAUGAAUGGAAGAGUGAGUCAUAUUGUUACAUGCCACAGGGACGCCCGGAUGGGCCUCGCCUCUGGUUCCGCCACUGGGAAUCUCGAUGAAGCCAUUGAGUAGUAGGCCAGGCCAGCCGCUGUUCAGUGUUCGAGAACGGCCGAGCGGUUCAGCCGACAUUUCGACGCGGCUAAUAAUUACAUUGACAGAGCCGACACGUCACUCUCAAUGUACGCAAUUAUUGCACGCCCUCCAGAAGGCCACGCCCCCAGGAAUUUCAUUCACAUAUAUAAUAAAAGGCAUGGAGUUAUUAACUUGAGGAGAGAGGGAAAUCAAACUCAGCGCUUAUAACUUUCUCACCUAGCUUCUUAGGUGCACGGAAGACAGAACAAAUAUCUAACUGGUGAAGAAGAUACCUGUUGCUUUUGUUAAAAAAAAAAAAAAAAAGAGAAGGAAAAAAAAGAAAAAAGAAAAAAAAAGAAAGAAAAAAGAAACCUCUGGGGAGAUUCCAAAAGCACGAGAACAUGAUGAUGUUAGUUUUGAUGAAAAGUUGCACCGCCCGAGUCGCCAGGCUGCCGAUGUAAGGCGGGGUCGGAGAAUGAUGGCAGUUGUUAAUCGAGCAAUACUUCGGUGACGACGACGACGACGAUGCUGAUAAUUAUGACGGUGAUAAUGGUGGCGCUUGAGGGUUCGCGGUGAGAGAGAACCCCGAAUGAAGACAGCAGGCUGUUCAGGAGCUAUGUGGACGUUGUGUCUGUGGAAUGCUGCCGUGCUGGUUUUCUUUACUACAGCAAUUCUAGGAAGCGAGCAGCGCACGCAGGCACCCACAAAGGUAGCAGCUCAGAACAAGACAAAAACAGCCAAAAGAGUCCAAGACUCCACCGCUCAGGAUGACGAAACGAACAUUGACAAAAUAUUGUGCGAAUAUUACAGCCCGUGGACAAAAUGGUCGCGCUGUAACCGGAAGUGCGAACAGUCCCGCGUCCGUCGUUGCAGACGACCUGACGAAUGCGGUCGCAGUUGGCUGAAGGAGAAGCGAACGUGUAAGAGACGCCGUGGGCACUGUUCUGUGCUGUCCUACAAAGUGAUAGGAUUCCGCAAACAAAACCGGGUUGUCGAGCAGUUACUUUAUGACCUGUUAUACAACCCCUGGACCCAGUGGAGUCCGUGCACGCGCGCCUGCAAACAGCGACGUCGGCGGAAGUGCGCUUUGGGCAACAUUUGCCGUGACAGCUACAUCCAGGAGGAGCGGCGGUGUCACGUGAAGGGGUCGAAGUGUGAAAGACGCUACAUGCUCAAACCGGUGGGCAACAAUGAUGCCGACGUCAUAGUGGCGCCACCGGAAAUCGAAAUCAAAGAUGAGCCGGAUGACGUCACGAAACCGAAAAAGCAUCACCGAAAACACAGGCAGAAGGGAUCAGGCAAAAAAAAGGGACCGAAGAACAAAGGGAAAACGGUGAAGCCAUCUGAUAUAGCCAGUACGUGCGGAAUACGUCCCGCUAAUAGAUCUGGCUCAUAUCGAAUAGUUGGGGGGCAGGAGUCGCGACCAGGAAGCUGGCCAUGGCAGGUGGCCAUUCUAACCCGGUGGGAGGAGCAGUACUGCGGCGGAACCCUGAUCGCCCCCAGGUGGGUGCUCACCGCCGCCCACUGUGUGCGCAAGAAAGGGAGGAAGAGGCGGAUCCUGGUGCGUCUGGGUGAGCACGAGUUCCGUCUGUACGAGGGGACCGAGGACACGAUCCAGCCAGUAGGCGAGGACUUUCCACACCCGCAGUUUGACUACGCCACAAUCACCAAUGACAUAGCUUUAGUCAAGCUGAAGCGGCCGGCAGUUGCGGAAAGCAACGUCCGCUUCGCGUGUCUUCCCGGGGAAGACGACGUCCUUCCUUCCGGUACGCUGUGUUAUACCGUAGGGUGGGGCAAAACAAAAAACACGCACAUUUACGGGUCGACCACGUUACAAGAGGCGGAGGUGCCUCUGGUCGAUCACAAAAAGUGUCGGAGAUUCUUCGACUAUGACAUCACAAAGACGCAAGUGUGCGCUGGACACAGACGAGGUCGAAUUCGGUCGGACUCGUGCGCCGGCGACAGUGGUGGCCCUCUGAUGUGUUCGAGACUGAUAAACGACACAGAGAGGUGGUUUGUGUACGGGGUCACGAGUUACGGGGAGGGAUGUGCGCGCAAAGGGAAGCUGGGAAUCUAUACCAAAGUUAUAAGUUAUUUGAAGUGGAUCCACGAAACAAUUGCUAAAAAUUAAAACUUACGGGUUAACUUAAAGCGACUGUCCUGAGUUUGUUGCCAGGGUAACGUAUUUCAGACUAACAGAGCUCUUCUUUAACGACUGCUUGAAAUACAGUUUGUACCAAUAUUUUGUGGUCAACCUAAUGUUUAACCCCAAAGUGGAUUGUAUUAGAAAACAAAAUAACAUUAGAUUGGUAAACACAUAGAGUGCAUAAAGCUUGGUCUCGUCAACAGUUGUUUUUAAUUUAAUGCGUAAUGCUUGUCGCUCUGUUAGUCGGGGAAAGGUUAACAAUGGCAGCAAACCGACAACAGCCCUUUUAACUGUGACACUGACAGUGAACAAAAAUGGCAGCGAUAAGUAGAGAACGAAAGUUAGCACGUGUUAGUAUGGCGUCACGUCGUUUUAAUUCAGGUCCAAAUAGUUUGCUCAGAACCAGUUUGGAAGGUUUGUGUUUAGCCAGGCUGUGAACAACUUUCAUUCUGCAUAUUUAGUUCGAUGACUUUUUGACUCCAGUGUGUUGUAAUUUUUGUUUAAAAAUGGAGUCACUGUUAAGACAAACCCACACGCACGUGAUUGACGCAUCUGUGAUUAAAUACUGCUUGAGGAAACUAGCUUACAAUGCAUAACAUAUGAAGGAGUAAUGUAAAUGGUAAACUAAUUUAACUGACACGGGCGCUUGUGCAGGUCGUUUUGCAAGGGAGGGGUCUAGAUUAUGACAAGUAAAAAUUUUAGGGGGUCGGUUCAUGCUCCCUCAGAAAAUAUAUUUAGAACAAACUAAUUCGCUAUGAGCAGGGUGGGUGUUGAUCGCGACCACCCCCAUCCCCGCAGACGCACCUGUAUUUGUUCCAUUUGGGAUGGGAAAUCUUGCUUUUGCUGGUUAACACAUGAUUCAUGGCUCAUUCAGGCUUACGCAACACAUAAUUCCGGAAUCGACCGAGUUGUCCCGAAAGAUGAUGCGUGUGUAAUAAAUAUGUUGAUAUCGAAUCAGACGUAAAAUAUCAUACACAAAUACACAUUCAAAAGUUACGAGUAUAAUUAUAAAAGAGAGACAUGUUUGACUGAGCACUUUUAUUCAUAUAAAUAAUGAUGAUUUUAUUCGUUCAAUUGUAUUCUUUUGAAGGCUUUAUGUAACGAAUUACAUAAUUUAUUUAGCUGUGACUACUUAAAAAUUCCUACCUGUAAAUCACACUCAUCCGCGCCGAACGAUCUUAAGCUGGAUUUAACACAAAGUUAUGUUGUUUUCUUUCUGUGAUUAUUUUUUAUUAGAUAGACGAGGAAAUUCAAACAUUAAGUACUUUAGCACAAUUCUCCUUUGUAAAUCUUAGUAUGUAAUAAAAAAUAUAUAUUUAAAUGCAUGUCAUAUAAUUUUACGAGAGAAAAAACCUUUCAUAAAAUAUCCAAGUUUUAUAGUUGUUGAAGACAGAAUCCGAGAGGAAGCCCAAUACACAAGCAGCACGACCACUUAAUACAUAUCUUAGAUGAGAAUGUAAUGACAGCUUUAUUGUACUCAGUCCAGAAGAUUCAUACCAGACAUUGUCUUGUGCACAUCUCAUUAUUAGUGUUCUCAUCUCGUGUCUGACAACCCCUCGUCUUCAGCUUUAACGUUCCUGCUGUAUCUGGCAACUUUAAAAGUUAAUUAUUCUACCUGUCUUAGUGAAGCAAAACUUAAGGAAGGAUAGAAGCAGACUAACAAAACAAGCUUCUCACUCACUCAUUAAAAUAAACUUUAUGACAUCCCUUAUACCAAAGUUAUUCAUAUUUCUUUUUCGUAAGUUUUAAACAAAACGGGUAGACUUUAUAAUUCAGUUUAAUACUGACAAAUCUGUCAACACAGUUAACCACAUCUUCUCUAGCCGGUGAUUUUGUUUUGUACCUAAACGUCAUCUAAUAGUGGGGAGGUUGUUACUCCCAGUAUGUACCUGAAGACGUCCUACGUCAUUAGUUUCUGCGCUUUAUGUAAAGGUUACAGUUUUCCCCCAAAAGUAUAAAAUGGCAUUUACAAGUUAAAUAUAAACCUGUAUUUUAAUUGUUGUUUACUUGGUCUAUGAAAUGUGUAUGGUUAUGUGAUAUGUCAGUCCAAGAAUAUUUCAAGAAUCUCGUGAAUGCAAAAUGUGCCAAUAUUGAUCACGUUUAUCCAGCCUUGGUACAAAACUCAAACUCAUUGUACAUCAGCUCCAUUAGCACGCGUGUCGACUUGUGUUGCAACCACAAGUUAACUAUGAGUCGACUGAGUUCGUGUACGUGUCGCUAUAUACACCAGUACACGUACACAAAAUGGGAAUGGCAAUCACCCCGGUAUAUAGCGGGGGGG